UUUGUAAUUGUAUUUAUUUGUGAUACUUACAUAUGUGAAACUGCUAGUGAACAUAACUUCCACACUCCAAUGGCGGAACUCUCAGACUCAGCCGAGGAACAUCUGCUCUCACGCAAGGAACCUUCGGUUCCCGAUCCAGAAAGGAUCUCUCGCGCUCGCUUGUUGGUGAAAUGGGUCCUUGAGAUGGCGAUGGGUCUGAUCUUUGCUGCCUGGGUCGCCUUUGUUUUUCUCUUACCGGCGACGCCGGUGACUGACCUCUACGACGACUUGCUCGAUGUCCUCAGCGAUACCGCAAUAGGAAGCAUGUUCUUGUUAUUUAGCGGUCCGGUUAUGGUGAUAACUUUUCUAGCCAUAGCACGCCUCAUCGUCAUGGGUUCUCGGGAGGAAGAGCUCAUACUACUGAAGAGCAAGCCUGCAAAGUAUCCGAGGUUGAGGUUGUGGACGUUUCCUGUCCUGGUGGAUGGACCGUUUGGAGUAGUUUCCGCUGCGGAACUCAUCGGGAUUUGCCUCUUUGUAGCCUACGUCGUGUGGGCAAUAAGUGCCUAUACCUUGGAGGAUCUUAGCAUAUUAUCUACGUCCACGUUGCCUCCCGAGCAAAAGAGUGUGGAAAUGUGGGAAUAUUCCGGGCUACAUCUAGGAGUCAUCGGGGAGUAUUGCUUGGCAUUUUUGUUCCUUCCAGUUGCUCGUGGAUCAGCUCUUCUUCGCCUUGUAGAUAUUCCAUUUGAGCAAGCUGUUAGGUAUCAUGUGUGGCUCGGACAUCUCACGAUGUUGCUCUUCACCCUCCAUGGACUGUGCUAUGUGAUCGCUUGGACAAUGCAAGGCACCCUGCUAGAGGAAAUAACUUCUUGGGUAAGUUCUGAUAGUGCUGUUUUUCCGGGAGUUAUAGCCCUGUCUGCCGGUCUGCUGAUGUGGGUCACAUCUCUUCCUCCCGUGAGGAAGAAGCAGUUCGAGGUGUUCUUAUACACGCACCACCUCUACAUUGUGUUCGUUGUAUUCUUUGCAUUGCAUAGCAAUGAUUUUAUAUUCAGCAUUCCUUCUGGAGGAAUCCUCCUCUUUAUGAUAGAUCGCUUCUUGAGGUUCUGCCAAUCACGAAGAACCGUCAAUAUCAUAUCAGCAACGCGCUUCCCUUGUGGAAUCAUUGAACUGGUCCUCUCGAAGCCAGCAAAUCUGCAGUAUAAUGCCCUGAGUUUCAUUUUCCUUCAAAUCCGGGAAGUGUCUUGGCUGCAGUGGCAUCCUUUCAGCGUUUCAUCGAGUCCACUCGAUGGGAAAAAUCAUCUCUCUGUCCUCAUUAAGGUUUUGGGGGAUUGGACAGAAAAACUCGACAGGAAUAUCUUGGAUAUAUUAGAAACUCGUGAUCAAAAUGAAAUAGCUUCCCGACCUCUUGAGAUAACAGCCUCAGUUGAGGGGCCUUAUGGGCAUGAAUUACCGUACCAUUUGACGUAUGAGAACCUUGUUCUUGUAGCAGGAGGAAUUGGAGUUUCACCAUUUUUUGCGAUCAUGAGUGACAUCCUCCACCGUGUCCGGGAAGGAAAACCGUGUCUACCAAGCAAAGUUCUACUUGUUUGGGCCAUCAAAAAGUCCAAUGAGCUUCCUCUGCUUUCCACUCUCGAUUUGGAGUCUAUCUGCCCCUUCUCCCCGAACAAACUAAAUCUUGAAGUCGAUAUAUAUAUCACCCGAGAAUCGGAACCUUCACUGGAAGAAGGUAACACUGGGAUAGCCGAGAAUGCACAUAUCUUUCCUGUAUCGAACGGGGGUGGCAUGUCUGUUUUAGUCGGCACAGGGAACAAUAUUUGGAUGGGACUAUAUGUAAUGUCUACCAUUGUCGGAUUUAUAGUGUUGAUGGAUCUUACGGGCAUCUAUUACAUAGUCGAUUCCAAUGUAACAAUUUGGUGGUACAGAGGACUUCUUUUUCUGGUGGGCAUGCUCGCAAGUGUGAUCGUAUUCGGAGGCCUUCUUGUGUUUCUAUGGUCCUGCUGGGAGAAACGAAUGUCUGCAAUCGAGAAAUCUGAGCACUGCAAGCAAAACGGACAAACUGCUCCUCUGAUGCAAAGCGAUCUGCCUCAAAGGAAAUCAUUCGGUUCAAGAAGAGUUCUCUACGGCUUGAGACCGAACUUCCAAGAAAUCUUCGGAUCAGUAUCGGUCCAGUGGGGCCACGUGGAUAUUGGCGUAAUUGUGUGUGGUCCUACAACUUUGGAGACUGGCGUGGCCAAGGAAUGCAGAUCUUGGAACUUAAAGAGAGGAUCAGACCGCCCGAUCUUCCACUUUCAUAGCCAUACUUUCAAUUUAUAGCCGCCAUAUUUCAUAGCUUUGAGUAGAUGCCUAAGGGGUCUAGAUAUGAAUCGAUAUUUAGAGAAUCAUACUGCAGAUGAGUAUGAUUCAUAUAAGACAUCCAAAUGCAGACUAUGAGAGACAAAGCAUAAUUAAUAUAUAGUACGACCUCCGUAAUCUUUUGAGUCAUCGACAUAACCAUUUUCGUUUAUGAUUUUUGAGUCCAAGUUUCAGUAUACAUCUUUACAAUAUGCCGUAAGUAUUGUGAAGAUUGUUAGAUUAGACUCUGAACCUUCUAAGAAGGUAAAGAAGGCCCGUUGAUGGGCUUCUGAACCAACCUGAUUCCGAACCCGCCAUGCAGAAACUCUGAAACAUCUUGUUGAUGGGUUUCACCCUAAGACCCUGCCUCCAAUCAUGUACUUAACCUAUGAUUAUUCAGGUACAUCCAUGUGUGGCAUUUAUGCCACAAUGAUGAUUAAUUAUGUA